CACUCCCGCUGGAGCUCCUUCACGCAGAAGGGUGUCGGUUUAACAGUAUUAGCGCCGAGCUAGUUAAGUCUUUUUUCUUUUAAAAUUGUGAGUGAAAUUGAAACGAGCCGUCGAUGAUUAGAUAAAUUCAAACGACGUUUUUUCAUUGCAUCGCUAAUGAUGUCUCUCCGGAGACGGAGAUCUGAGACCCCAAUCUGCAAAAACAGAUCAUCAUGAUAAUGUGACCAAUGGAUGGCAUCAAUAUAGUCAAUGGCUCCUUGAGGGCUGAGGUCAUUACUAACAAAGUCAACUCACCUGAUUCCACAUUGACCCAUUCUUUACUCGAACUGGGAGAUAGCACCAAGCUGCUGGGAGUUCAAGUGAUUCUUAUCCUGGCCUACAGCACCAUCAUCCUCCUUGGCGUGGUAGGGAAUUCCCUUGUCAUUUACGUGGUUUGCAAAUUCAAGACACUCCGCACAGUCACCAAUUUCUUCAUUGCCAACUUAGCAGUAGCAGACUUGCUCGUCAACACGUUAUGUCUUCCCUUCACUUUGGCCUACACUCUACUUGGGGAAUGGAAGUUUGGACAAAUACUUUGCUUCACCUUACCUUAUGCACAGGGUCUAGCUGUCCAUGUCUCCACUAUAACCCUAAAUGUAAUUGCGCUAGAUCGACAUAGAUGUAUCGUUUAUCAUCUGGAGACUCGGAUGUCAAAAGACACUUGCUUUCUCGUCAUUGCUGUCACCUGGGUGAUAAGUGCUGUACUUGCUAGCCCACUCGCUAUCUUCAGGGAGUAUGGGAUUGUCGAUCUCUCACCAGGUGAAUCAAUUGAAGUAUGUGGGGAGAAGUGGCCAGGGAGCAGCACAGAUGGUACUCUUUACUCAAUCUCCAUGCUGCUGCUGCAGUAUGUGUUACCCCUAGUGGUCAUCUCUUUUGCGUACAUCCGGAUAUGGAGUAAACUCCGCAACCACAUCAGCCCAGCUGGCCGCAAUGACCGUCACCAUCGUCGUCGUAAGACCACCAAGAUGUUGGUCACCAUGGUAGUGGUGUUUGCUGUGAGCUGGCUGCCCUUCCAUGCCUUCCAGCUGGCUAUUGACAUUGACAGCAGUGUUCUGGUCAUGAGGGACUUUAGGCUUUUGUACACUGUUUUCCAUAUUGUAGCCAUGUGUUCAACAUUUGCCAACCCACUUCUCUAUGGUUGGAUGAAUCGAAACUACCGCAGUGCGUUCCUAGCCGUCUUUCGCUGUGAGCAGAGACUUGAUUCAAUGCACCCUGAGGGCCAUGACACCACUGUGGUUCGCAACAAGACCAAAAAGGCGCUUGAGGCCCAGGAUGUGUUAGCAGCCCAUCUCAGUGCUACAGAUGUCUGAGGGAAUAUUAAAUCUCUGUGGACUAAUGGGCUAGGCAGAAUCCAUUCUUGGUUUGUUGUCCUGGAAUUCAACAGCAGAGGCUGCUUUGGUGAGCUCUGAAUACAGACUUUCAAAAAGGAUCCUUGGGAAGAUCCUAUGGAAAAGAUAGGUGUGCUGAAGGCUUUUUUUUAAUGAGAUGGAUACGUAUUUGGAGAGUGUUAUGUUGUCUGCUUAAAAUGAUUCUUUACACUAAAAUGGAUCUCAGUGAUAUCACUCCAUAUCUCCAGCUCCACAAAUAUUCCUGCAUGCAUGCAGGCAAGAGGCUGAGGCACUGUAGUGCACUUUGGGAUGGUGUUAACAGCAAUUACUGUUACCUCUCUUUCCAUCCGCGCAUUAUUGAUGCACAGUUGUUGCAAGGCGGCACUCUUUAAGAAGACUGGACUACUGAAGAGAGAAAGUGGACAGGAGAGAAAUGGUUUUCAAAACCAUGAUAUGAAUGUUUCAAAGAUAGCACAGCUAUCUAAUAAACUAAGCACAUAUGAAAAGACCUUUGAAGGAGAGAAGACUGAAUGAAUGUAACACCAAGUUAAUACAUUUGCAUGAGCAACAACUGUUACUGUGAUCCACAACCAAAAAUGACAGUGUUGAUAUACAAAAAUGUGCUUGUGUGCUUUUUACUGUACCUUGUAUGUCCUCUGCUUUUGAAAUUGUCAUGCUAGAUGAAUGUAGUGUAUAAUGAAUGAAACCAUGGCAUGUUUCCACAAAGAUGGAAGGAAACUGUACUUCAUAAUGUUUAGUAGAUUCAAUUGGUUAAAUAAGAUUUA